AAAACUACAGCACUGGGUGUCCGGCAGACGCGGCACAGGUAUGCCAUGAGAGUCGGUGCCGGUGUAAUGAAAGUUAUCCCAUCGAGUGGUUGGGCCAAUGCCUACCGUUUACAUCGGCCGGUGGUCCGUGUCUCACAUCUAAACAGUGCUCGGAAUGGGACACAAACUCCCGGUGCUAUACCAUCGAUGACCGGUUCCAGUCGGGCACAUGUCAGUGCCUUCAGGACUAUUACUAUGACAACACCACUUGUGUUGAGUCGUGUGUUAAACGCGUGGCUUUUGGUGAGAAGUGUCAGAACAGUGACCACUGUUUUCACGGCAACAGUGUUUGCAAUAACACAACCUAUCGGUGCCGUUGCGGCCAUAACUACACGUAUGACUGGUCUGUCAGUUGGUGUCGACAUAACGGCAGCUACGAGUGCGCCGACGGCCAGGAGUGGCACGAGUCCAGUGGUCAAUGUGUGGCCAAACAACACUAUAUGUCAGUGGCCAUACGAAUACCAUCGAUAAAAAUGCCGGCCCUAAGGGUGGGUGGUGUUAAGGGAGGAGGGGGUGUGGGUAAGGGUUGGGCCAGUAGUGUUAGGUUCGGUGCCCGACCGGGAGGUGGUGUCCGGCCUGUCGUAGUGAUGGGUGCGUUUGGCAGUCGCCGAUACAACCCCGAUGAAUGCCAAUCGGCGCC